GCGGCAGCCGCUGCGCCCGCGCUCCCUGACAGGCGGGCGGCGGGAGCGGCGGCGGCGGGCGGGCAUGUCCCUCCGCCCCGCGCGCAGGUGGUGGCGGCGACGGUGGCGGCGGCGCCGCCCCGGCUCUCCGUGACUCCCGCCGGCCAUGGCCGGCUCCGCACCGCGGGGGCCCGAGUCGUGCCGCAGCCGCCGCUGAGGAGAAGCCGCCGCGAUGAGGAAGGGCCGCUCCCGGGGGGACAAAGCGGCGGCGCCGCCGCCGCCGCCGCCGCGGAGGGAGCCCGGGCGGGCGGUGGCCGCCAGCGCGGCGGAGCGGAGAGCCACCCUGCUGGGGGGCGGCGGCAGGAAGGACCCGGAGGACGCCAGGGCCGCGGGGGCGCCUUGCCGGGAGGCGCUGGAGAGGGAGAUGAUAACAGAGUCCACUCCGUUACGUUGCAGGAAGCUCAGCAAUCCUGACAUCUUUUCAUCUGCUGGGAAAACCAAGCUCCAUCGUCAGCUAAGUCAAGAUGACUGCAAGCUACGAAGAGGUAGUUUGGCAAGUUCUUUGUCAGGAAAACAGCUACUUCCCUUAUCAAAUAGUGUCCACAGUGGAGUGGGACAGACGAUAUGGCAGCCACCUGGAGAUACCUCAAACCUGGUUCGCAUGAGAAAUCAGUCUCUAGGACAAUCUGCUCCUUCACUUACUGCUGGUUUGAAGGAGCUCAGUCUCCCCAGAAGAGGAAGCUUAAUCUCCUCUACUUUGUACUCCCACUGCCGAGGAAGUGAUGUUCAUCAGCACAUGUUCUCUCCUACAUCUGCUCCAGGUCUGCAGCACCUUAAAUUCCCAUUUAGUGCUGACUGUGCACUUGUUACUUCUCCUUUAGUAUUUUACCUGAACUCACAACCCCAGAGCAAUCCGUCUAGUCCAUGCUACAGCCAUCCUUUUCAGUGGAGCUGUCGGACAAGCAACAGAAAGAGUUUGAUCGUAACAUCCAGCACAUCUCCAACUCUCCCGCGGCCACAUUCCCCUCUUCAUGGACACACAGGUAGCAGCCCUUUGGACAGUCCCAGGAACUUCUCUCCAAAUGCACCUGCUCAUUUCUCUUUUGUUCCUGCCCGAAGCCAUGGACACAGAGCAGACAGAACGGAUGGACGCCGCUGGUCCUUGGCCUCCCUUCCUUCAUCUGGAUAUGGAACAAACACUCCCAGUUCAACAGUUUCUUCAUCAUGCUCAUCUCAGGAGAAGCUGCACCAGCUGCCCUUUCAGCCCACGGCAGAUGAACUUCAUUUCCUGACAAAGCAUUUCAGUACUGAGAGCAUCACUGAUGAGGAAGGGCGCCAUUCUCCAGCCUUGAGGCCUCGAUCUCGCAGUCUCAGCCCGGGUCGCUCCCCAAUUUCCUUUGACAGUGAGAUAAUAAUGAUGAAUCAUGUGUACAAAGAAAGGUUUCCAAAGGCCACGGCGCAGAUGGAAGAACGGUUGGCUGAGUUUAUUGCCUCUAAUGCUCCAGAGAAUGUGCUGCAAUUAGCAGAUGGGGUCCUAAGUUUCAUUCAUCAUCAAGUUAUUGAACUGGCCAGAGAUUGCCUAGAUAAAUCACGUGAAGGUCUUAUUACUUCUCGGUACUUUUAUGAGCUGCAGGAAAACUUGGAGAAACUUCUCCAGGACGCCCACGAGCGAUCCGAGAGCUCCGAGGUUGCCUUCGUUACCCAACUUGUGAAGAAGCUGAUGAUUAUCAUUGCACGACCAGCUCGGCUGCUUGAGUGCCUGGAGUUUGAUCCUGAAGAGUUCUACCAUUUGUUAGAAGCUGCAGAAGGCCAUGCCAAGGAAGGGCAAGGAAUUAAAUGCGACAUUCCUCGUUAUAUUAUCAGCCAGCUGGGACUCACCAGGGAUCCCCUGGAGGAAAUGGCCCAGCUGAAUAGCUAUGACAGCCCAGACACUCCUGAGACAGAUGAUUCAGUCGAGAGCCGUGGGGCCUCUGUCCAGUCAAAGAAAACUCCAUCUGAAGAAGAGUUUGAAACUAUUAAACUGAUCAGUAAUGGCGCUUAUGGAGCAGUGUAUUUGGUGCGACACAAGACCACCCGUCAACGUUUUGCCAUGAAGAAGAUCAACAAACAGAACCUAAUUUUGAGAAACCAGAUCCAGCAGGCUUUUGUGGAGAGAGAUAUAUUGACAUUUGCUGAGAACCCCUUUGUGGUCAGCAUGUUCUGCUCCUUUGAGACGAAGCGCCACCUGUGCAUGGUUAUGGAGUAUGUGGAAGGAGGUGAUUGUGCUACACUUCUCAAGAACAUUGGUGCCCUACCUGUUGAUAUGGCGAGAAUGUAUUUUGCCGAGACUGUUCUGGCAUUGGAGUACCUACACAAUUACGGGAUUGUUCACCGUGACCUAAAACCUGAUAAUCUCCUGAUAACUUCCAUGGGUCACAUUAAACUCACAGACUUUGGACUGUCUAAAAUUGGGUUAAUGAGUCUUACAACGAAUCUUUACGAGGGACACAUUGAGAAGGAUACCAGGGAAUUCUUGGACAAGCAGGUCUGUGGGACUCCGGAAUACAUUGCACCAGAAGUGAUCCUGCGCCAGGGCUAUGGGAAGCCCGUGGACUGGUGGGCCAUGGGAGUUAUCCUGUACGAGUUUCUAGUCGGCUGUGUUCCUUUCUUUGGGGACACACCUGAAGAGCUGUUUGGACAAGUGAUCAGUGAUGAAAUUGCCUGGCCAGAAGGUGAUGAUGCACUGCCACCAGAUGCCCAGGACCUCAUUGCUAAGCUUCUCCGCCAAAAUCCUCUGGAAAGAAUGGGAACAGGUAGUGCCUUUGAAGUGAAACAGCAUCGGUUCUUUAAAGAUUUGGACUGGAAUGGAUUACUUCGGCAGAAAGCUGAAUUCAUCCCACAGUUGGAAUCUGAGGAUGACACAAGCUAUUUUGACACCCGUUCAGAACGAUACCAACACCUGGAUUCGGAAGAAGAGGAGGACACUAACGAUGAUGAUCACGUGGAAAUUCGGCAGUUUUCCUCAUGCUCACCGAGGUUCAGCAAGGUGUACAGCAGCAUGGAACGUCUUUCCAUCCACGAAGAGAGGAAGACUCCACCACCAACUAAACGGAGUCUGAGUGAAGAAAAAGAUGACCGACUGGACAGCCUUGGCGGCUUGAAGAGUCGAGACCGCAGCUGGGUGAUUGGGUCUCCUGAAAUACUGCGUAAGCGUUUGUCUAUGUCUGAAUCCUCCCACACGGAGAGUGACUCCAGCCCACCCUUGACGGUCCGCCGACGCUGCUCAGGGCUUCUUGAUAUGCCCCGUUUUGCCAUCUCCACUGAGGAUGAGGGAACUGUUCUCAAAAGGCCGCAGUCCGAAGGGAUGCUCUUAUCCGCUGUGCAGUCGCGGGAGGGGCUGCCAGUGCCCAUUCCAGAACAGCCUGUGGAGCAGGAGCUGCAGCUGGAAGGUGAUGGUGGACCCACCACCCCCUCCACAGCCAUCAGCAGUGCCCCAACGCUGACAGCUGGGAGCACUGCAGAUUUCUCUGAUCCACGAGCUCGCAGUAAUAGCAAUGAAGGCCCAGACUUUACCACUCCAAAAGCCAUCAGCGAUUUGGCAGUGCGGCGGGCACGACACAGGUUGCUCUCUGGGGAAUCAGGGGAGAAACGUACCUCAAGACCUGUCAAUAAAGUGAUUAAAUCAGCAUCCGCUACUGCCUUGUCUCUCCUGAUUCCCUCAGAUCACCACACGUGUUCUCCAUUGGCCAGUCCAAUGUCACCUCAUUCUCUAUCCUCCAACCCAUCUUCGAGGGACUCCUCACCCAGCCGUGACUUUUCUCCUGCUAUCGCAAACCUGAAACCACCAAUCAUCAUCCAUCGGGCUGGAAAGAAAUAUGGUUUUACUCUCCGUGCCAUUCGCGUCUAUAUGGGUGACAGUGAUAUCUACACUGUGCAUCACAUGGUCUGGCACGUGGAGGAAGGCGGUCCAGCGAAUGAAGCAGGUCUGCGUGAAGGGGAUCUGAUAACCCAUGUCAAUGGGGAGCCGGUCCAUGGACUGGUGCACACAGAAGUGGUGGAGCUGAUUCUGAAGAGUGGAAAUAAAGUGUCCAUCUCCACCACACCAUUUGAGAACACAUCUAUCAAAGUUGGUCCAGCUCGAAAAGCCAGCUACAAAUCCAAGAUGGCUCGUAGGAACAAGAAGAGCAAAACUAAGGAUGGUCAGGAAAGUAAGAAGAAGAGUUCUUUGUUGAGGAAGAUCACUAAACAAGCAUCGCUACUUCACACCAGCCGGAGUUUAUCUUCACUAAACCGCUCUCUGUCUUCUGGAGAAAGUGUGCCUGGCUCUCCAACUCACAACCUGUCUCCUCGGUCACCAACACAGAGUUACAGAUCCACUCCUGAGUCUGUACACUCAGUUGGCGGCAAUUCUUCCCAGAGCAGCUCUCCCAGUUCCAGUGUUCCCAAUUCUCCAGCCAGCUCUGGACACAUCCGACCCAGCUCUCUGCAUGGACUAGCACCAAAGCUUCAAAGGCAGUACAGAUCUCCAAGGCGUAAAUCUGCAGGAAACAUCCCGCUGUCACCACUAGCUCACACUCCAUCACCAACCCCACAGUCCACAUCACCGCAGCGCUCCCCAUCUCCUUUACCCGGACACUCAGUUGGCAGCUCCAGUAUUAUUCAGUCUUUUCCAGUAAAACUACACUCCUCUCCACCGCUGGUGAGACAGAUUUCUCGCCCCAAAAGUGCUGAGCCCCCCAGGUCUCCUUUGCUAAAGAGAGUGCAGUCGGCUGAGAAACUGGCUGCCUCGCUGUCCUCUUCUGAGAAGAAGCUGGCUUCCUCACGUAAGCAUAGCUUGGAUAUCUCUCACUCUGAAUUUAAGAAGGAGAUGCUACAGAGGGAUCCUAGUCUCCAGAGCUUACAAGAAUCUGCAAAUGAAACAACAGGUGGCAAACUUGGGCUAGCGGAAAAGGGGAUGUUGCAGAAGCCGGGUUCACGGAAGCUGGGUGCUAUUCGACAGGACAGGGUGGAGAGGAGGGAGUCUCUGCAAAAGCAAGAGGCCAUCAGAGAAGUAGAUUCUUCUGAAGAUGAAACAGAUGAUGGUUCAGAAGAUAGUCAGGAUGGGAGAAGACUGGACAAGCCCCCCGACAGUGGAGACCAAGGCUCAGAUUCUUUUAAUGAAGAUAGUAAGUUUUCAUCUAAAUUGGAAAGCAAGGAUAGUAUUGAAGAUGAUGCCUUUCUACCUGAAGAUCCAAAAGGUACAGAAGAUUUGCAGAAGGGAAAUAAUCAACAAGCCAAGCCUGUUUCAGAGCCACUGCAAAUUGAUGUGCACCCUUCCCCAACAGAGGUCCUCCCAAGAACUUCUCCAGAAAAAUUAGCUAAUUCAGAAAAGCCAUUCCUAAGAUCAGAAACAACUGCAAAGGAACAUAAAUUGCCAGAAAACAAAACUUUUGAGUGUUUUGGUCCAAAAGAUAAGUCUUCUGAAGCAAUCAAAGACCUAGGGAGAAGUGCAAGUACUCAAAAAAAAAUAGAUUGCACAGAACAUAUACAGUGCCCGUCUAUCAAACUCCUGGAACUUGAAGAAGGUGACUCUUCAGGGGCCUCGUGUGGUAAGCUUGACCUGAAAGACCCUCUGCUAACAGAAAGCAGUCAGAAAAAACAGGAUUCCAAACCUCUGCUGGCACUUUCUUCGUGGUGCACGGCAAGCGUGAGCACUCCUCUCUCAGUGAGGCCCGUGGAUCGCAGUGAGAAGGAUCACAAGGAGACACUUCAGCCUGCAGAACAGCACAGCACCUCAUUUCUGUCUCCUGGAAGCACGAGCGAAAUAUCCCCAAAAAGUCCUAGUAGUGAAAAGCAACCCAGUUCAUCCCAGGCAGAGAGUGCUUCAACCGCCAGCAAAACGAGCCCAGCAGGUCCUGUAUCCUCCACACUCCUCGUCCCCGGUGCUAUCGAAAGAGCUCUCUCUGUGUCUCAGUUAGUGCCGCUAGCUCAGAGCGUGUUAGGCCCUUUGAAGCUCAGUCUGUCUGGUUCCGGAGAGAUGGAAAAGAGAAAGGAUUUCCCCCAUUUGGGUGCCUCCUGUAAAGAAGAGAGAGAUUCAAAACAAAAAAGGCAGGAAACAUCACAAGCAGGAGCAUGUCAAGAGAAAGCCAAACUAUCUAGCACAGACGGUCUGACCACAAGGAGCGGAUCCUGCGCCGAGUCGUUAAACUCAGCAAAGCCCUGGGAGGCAACGUGUCCCGUGGUGGCAAAAAAGGAGGCAACUUUUUGCAGUGCUAAAGCAUCCGAAGUGUUGGGAGGUAGCUGCAAAAUCACUCCAUCAAAAGAGCUGUCUCAUGCUCUUGGACAAGCAGCUCUGAGAGCCUCUCUGCCAGAUGGCAGCACGAGGCCCUGUAAAGAAGGGACUCUCGCACAAGCAAAAAGCAAAGAGGUUGGAAAUCAGUUAAAAAUACAAGACUUUCCCCUGUCACAUGAUGGUGCUGUAAAGAAAACAUAGCAGCAUCCCUGGUACAUGUGGACUGGAGCAUUCUACAUUCAAAAUAGAGACUGCAUGUUUGAAUUUUGUAAUAUACACUAAUAUAAAAUAGAACUUGUGUACAUCUAUUUUUGGGAGGGUUUUUUUCAUACUGUUUUUUGUGUUUUUUCAUCCUUGCUAUUCUAUUUUUGUACACAGUAAUGCUUGCCGUUUGAGGUCUCUUUAGAACAGGGUAUCUUUAAAGCAGGGCUUAAGAAACAGUUUGUUGAGUUUUCUCCCUUCCAGACCUUUUAUGUUGCCUGAGUUUAGGGCCUGUUGUGUUCUUCCCCCUAAUCCUGCAUUUAUUCAAGAUCCCCAAAAUUCUGAGUACAAAAAAGGCAGCUUACUUUAAAAUCUCUGCUUUUCAACCUUCUCUUUGAAAUGCCACUGAAAUUCACAAAUUUCAAGUAUUGUCUUUGAAUUUACAAUCUGGUGUCCUUUGACAAGGAGAAGAAAAUAGUAUCUUGUCUGCAAGUAAUUCCAGAACUGUGAACCCUCUUUGUAAGGCUUCUUCAUCACCGUGUGCAUUCCCAGUCCUGCACGCGUCCUCAGAGGAUAUGGAGGCAAGGGACUUGGCUGGGGAGGUCAGACAGAGAGCGAUCCCUGUCUUCUCUUUAAACCAAUUAAAAGUAUUUUUCAAUGGAAUUAUCAGAAAGAGAGAUCUCCAAUCCGUAAGCUGUUUUUUUGGGAUUGUUUUUACAUAUCCUUUAUGGGACACAUGGCAACUUUUCUCUCUCUUUUUAAAAUUUUAAUGAUGUUUUAUCUUCUUUUCUCUGGCUUCAAUUCAUAACUUGCCCUGCCUCAGAAUAAAUGACCCCAGGAGAGGGGUGCCUUGUAGGUUGAUUUUUAAAGUAGAGAAAUUUGUAGUCGCGUGUUCUCCAGUGUGUCUCAGGCAAAGUUAUCUCAAUGAUAAAUGACCUUUGGAGACUUUUCCUUCUCUUGGUGGGUCUAAAUAGGUAGGGAUUUUAAGGUGUUCCUUAACAUUUCUGAAUUGGGGCUUGGGAAACUUGCUGAGUUUUCUGAAUCUGCCCGUUUUAAAAACUAAAAAAAACCUAUGAAGAGUUCUGGCUCCUCGAGUUCUGUGGACAAGCUGCAAGCAGACUUCAAAACACGUGAUAUUUUAAGAUUUCAGCUUUGAUAGCUAGAUCAUUUCCACUGCUGAGGUCACUUUCCAUUAAAAAAUUACUCUUUGCUCUUAGGUUUAGACAUUGCUUUGCUUUAAGUGUGACCAACUCUGGGUAACAGUGCUCUUUGCUGAGGAUUAGAUCAACAAUAAUAUACCAAUAAAUGUGUCGAGUGGUGAUACCUAUAGCACUGUAAGCCAUUUCUUCAUCAAAUUAAAGGUUCCUCUCAAUGAACACUCCCGUCAUUUGUCCCAGAUUUUGCUCAGCUUUUAUUCUAGUCUUCUCUGAGUGUAUCUCCCUGUGCAUCACCCGCAAGGUCUAGUAUCCUGCUCACUGGCUUACUCUGUUAGAAGCAGAAUGACUGUGCAACAGUAUUUCAAGCUAAAACCUGCCUCUGUUGGUCUGAUUCCAUUACACUGCCGCCUUCUUCAUUGUCUUGGCUUUUUCUGAACUUGAAGUUUUGAUUUGCUUCCCCUGAAUGCAGAUAUGUUUUUAUAUAGGAAUAUAUUUUCUCCAUCUCUUUCAACUCGGUUUCAGCUCAAUCCACAAAUCACAAAAACCUCUGGAAUCUCACCCUACUUCUUUCUGUGUAACCAUUGUUUCCCCCCAUUAUAUACUUGAUUUUGGCUGCUUGGAUUUCAUUUCUGGACCAAGGUUUGGUUUGGUUUGAGCUUUUUUUAAAACAUGUUUAAAUGAGUGUUUAUUCCGUGUGUCUGUGUGAACAUGUAUGGUGUUUGUUGUUAAUACACUAACCAAAGCCUCAACUCUCCCAGAUAACAUGUUAAUAAAUCUUGCUGUGACGGUAUUGAGAGCAGA